AUGAGUGCUACCGAACCCACUAACGAGAAGCUUAACAAAGCUGUCGAUGAUGAUGACGAGGACGAGGAUAUCGACCAGUUGAUCAUUGACUUGCAGUCUAACCACAACAUCGACGACGAGGAGUCUGAUGAUGAGGCUGACGCUGGUUCUUUCAAGGCCGUUGGUUUGUCCGACGACGAUGUCAACAAGAGAAGAAAGAAGUAUGGUUUGAACCAGAUGGCUGAGGAGCAGGAGAACAUGGUUCUCAAGUUCGUCAUGUUCUUUGUCGGUCCAAUUCAGUUCGUUAUGGAAGCCGCUGCCAUUUUGGCCGCUGGUUUGGAGGACUGGGUCGAUUUCGGUGUCAUUUGUGGUUUGUUGUUGUUGAACGCUUCCGUCGGUUUCAUUCAGGAAUACCAGGCUGGUUCUAUUGUCGAUGAAUUGAAGAAGACUUUGGCUAACACUGCUAACGUUGUCAGAAACGGUGCUCUUGUUGAGGUCCAGGCUAACGAGAUUGUCCCAGGUGACAUUUUGCAGUUGGAGGACGGUACCGUUAUCCCAGCUGACGGUAGAAUUGUCUCCGAGAACGCUUUGUUGCAGGUUGACCAGUCCGCUAUCACUGGUGAGUCCCUUGCCGUUGACAAGAGACACGGUGACUCUACUUACUCCUCCUCUACCGUCAAGACCGGUGAGGCUUUCAUGAUUGUUACUGCUACUGGUGACUCUACCUUCGUUGGUAGAGCCGCUGCUUUGGUUAACAAGGCUUCUGGUGGCUCUGGUCACUUCACUGAGGUCUUGAACGGUAUUGGUACUGUCUUGUUGGUUUUGGUCAUUGUUACCUUGUUGGUUGUCUGGGUCGCUUGUUUCUACAGAACCGUCCCAAUUGUUCCUAUUCUUAGAUACACCUUGGCUAUCACUAUUGUCGGUGUCCCAGUCGGUUUGCCAGCUGUCGUCACCACUACCAUGGCUGUCGGUGCUGCUUACUUGGCUAAGAAGCAGGCUAUUGUCCAGAAGUUGUCCGCCAUUGAGUCCCUUGCUGGUGUUGAGAUCUUGUGUUCCGACAAGACCGGUACCUUGACCAAGAACAAGUUGUCCUUGCACGAGCCAUACACUGUUGAGGGUGUCGAGGCUGACGACUUGAUGUUGACUGCUUGUUUGGCUGCUUCCAGAAAGAAGAAGGGUUUGGAUGCUAUUGACAAGUCUUUCUUGAAGUCCUUGAUCAACUACCCAAGAGCUAAGGCUGCUUUGACUAAGUACAAGGUCUUGGAGUUUCAGCCAUUCGACCCUGUUUCCAAGAAGGUUACUGCUAUCGUUGAGUCCCCAGAGGGCGAGAGAAUUGUCUGUGUUAAGGGUGCUCCAUUGUUCGUCUUGAAGACUGUCGAGGAUGACCACCCAAUCCCUGAGGAUGUUCACGAGAACUACCAGAACACUGUCGCUGAGUUUGCUUCUAGAGGUUUCAGAUCUUUGGGUGUCGCUAGAAAGAGAGGUGAGGGCCACUGGGAAAUCUUGGGUGUCAUGCCUUGUAUGGACCCUCCAAGAGAUGACACUGCUCAGACUGUUAACGAAGCUAGAAGAUUGGGUCUUUCUGUUAAGAUGUUGACUGGUGAUGCCGUUGGUAUUGCUAAGGAGACCUGUAGACAGUUGGGUCUUGGUACUAACAUUUACGAUGCUGAGAAGUUGGGUCUUUCCGGUGGUGGUGACAUGGCCGGUUCCGAGAUUGCUGACUUUGUUGAGAACGCUGACGGUUUCGCCGAAGUUUUCCCUCAGCACAAGUACAACGCUGUUGAGAUUUUGCAGGCCAGAGGUUUCUUGGUUGCCAUGACUGGUGACGGUGUUAACGAUGCUCCAUCCUUGAAGAAGGCUGACACUGGUAUUGCCGUUGAGGGUGCCACUGACGCUGCUAGAUCCGCUGCCGACAUUGUUUUCCUUGCCCCAGGUUUGUCCGCUAUCAUUGACGCUUUGAAGACUUCCAGACAGAUUUUCCACAGAAUGUACGCCUACGUGGUGUACCGUAUCGCUUUGUCUUUGCACUUGGAGAUUUUCUUGGGUCUUUGGAUUGCUAUCUUGGACAGAUCUCUUAACAUUGACUUGGUUGUUUUCAUUGCCAUUUUCGCUGACGUUGCUACCUUGGCUAUUGCUUACGACAAUGCUCCUUACGACCCUAAGCCUGUCAAGUGGAACCUUCCAAGAUUGUGGGGUAUGUCCAUCAUCUUGGGUAUUAUCUUGGCUGUCGGUACCUGGAUCACCUUGACCACUAUGUUCUUGCCAAAGGGUGGUAUUGUCCAGAACUUCGGUGCCAUUGACGGUAUCUUGUUCUUGCAGAUUUCCUUGACUGAGAACUGGUUGAUUUUCAUCACUAGAGCUCAGGGUCCAUUCUGGUCUUCUAUCCCAUCCUGGCAGUUGGCUGGCGCUGUGUUGAUUGUCGACAUUGUCGCCACCUGUUUCACCUUGUUCGGUUGGUGGUCCCAGAACUGGACUGACAUCGUUACCGUUGUCAGAACCUGGAUCUGGUCUUUCGGUGUCUUCUGUGUUAUGGGUGGUGCUUACUACCUUAUGUCUGGUUCUGAGGCCUUCGACGACUUCUGUAACGGCAGAAAGAAGUCUCACUCUCCAGACCGCAGAUCCCUCGAAGACUUCAUGGUCUCCAUGGCCAGAGUCUCCACUCAGCACGAGAAGUCUUCUUAA